AUGGCAGGCUCUACUCGACGCUCAUCUGCCCGUCAGAAGAAAAUUGCAAUGAGUUCCGCACUGGAUGCGUCGAACCUGGCAGGUAGCAAAACUCGCCAAGCUGAAGUUGUAAAUGAAGGAGUCGGGAACCAGAGCGGUGAAAGACCAUCCGCAUCAUCUGAACUUCCUCCUCGUGGAGCCAAGGCCAAAGCCCUUGUCAACAAAGUAUGGACAUUGGACGCACCUGCUACAAGGAACAGGGGCCAGAAGCGGGCUCUUCCAGACGAAGCCGCUGACCAACGCAGGAACCAAGGUGGUGAAGCUGUCGUGACACAACCAAAAGGCGUCAGCUCCAAUGCGGAAGUGAGGUUCCUUCACGGCGCCAAACGCAGCCAGUCCCGUGGUGCUGUUGCCUCUGCCGACGGUGAUAUAACACUUGGUAACUCGGAGCGAUCUUCAAAGCGUCAGAAGAAGCAAUCCGGACAUCAGCUCCCUGACGACCUCGACUCCGAAGAUGUUGAAGAGGUCCCCAAACGAGUCCACCUGUCUGGAAGCGACGGAGAUCAAUCAGCAUCUUCUGAAGAUGACGUGGGGGCCAAUGACAACUGGGCUGAACUCACUGCGGAGAAAGCUGCGUGGUCCGAUGAAGAUGAUGCUAAGACCCAAGUUGGAUCAGGUGUCAAGGGGAAAGGUCGACAGACCUACAUAACUCUCGACGACCUCCAAGAGUCGUCCAUAUCCGGCUCCGACUUCCAGCCAGACGGGUCGGAGGACCAUGAGUCGUCUGCUGAGAGUUCCGAGGUUGAGGUCUUCGAUCCGGACACUGGGGUUGAGGCUUUCGAUCCCGAUAGUGACCCAUACCAGAUGAUGGGCCCUGACGAGGACGCCUGGAUGACUGACGAAGAGUACACCCAUGAGCAGAUCGUGGCGAACUUGGCCAAGGAUGAGGAGAGGCGGAAGGCGGACGCUGUCCAACGUCGUAAGGCUGAGAAAGAAAAGGAGCGCAUCCGUCAUGAGAAGGCGAAAAAGGAAGCUGAGGAACCUCUCUGGCUCGAUGUUCCUCCCAAGAAGUCGUCUUCAUCUCAAGCGGGCAACCCCUCCAACAAACGCCGAGCUGCGGCUGCUUCCACAUCAGGAAAACCCUCACUUGCAAAUUUGCUAUAA